UUCAAAUUCACGUAUUUUAAAUUCAACUGGAUCAGUCAUCAGAUUUCGAUCAGUUAGUUAACUUCGUACUCAAACUUUUUUCAUUUUUAAUUUAAUAAUUUUUUAACAAGCGAACGACAAAGGACCGCAUUAGCCGCAAAUAUGUUUAAGCAACAUCUACAAAUGAUCGGGUACAAUGAAACCCCCAACAAGAAAGCCAAAUUUUGGCAAUCAUACGUUAGAUCAUUGAAGGGAUCUGAUGAUAUUCGUGCCCAAGAAACAUCCAGAUGGGAUCGUCGCCCAUUCGCCCACUUGUUCGAAGACCACGAAAUCCCACACCACAGAAUUCUCGUACCCGGAUACCGUUACUUGCCAGUGCACAGAGAAACUUAUGGAUAUUCACCAAGACCAAUCUAUCCAUCACACUAUCGUUCAUACGAAAAACUUAGGCCAGUCGUGCCCAAUAUUUACCCAAACCGUUACUUAAGCAGUGAGCCCGUCGACUACAGCUUAUGGCGAUGGAAUUUGGCACAACGGAGAGCUCUCUUGAAAGCCAAGACCUUGGAAGAUACCGAACGCGCCAUGGGUGAUCACUUGAAGAACCUCAGGGAGAUUGAACACAGAUAUCCAUCCCGUUAUGGCUUGUACUUGAGAGACCGACCCCAUUCACUUCUCCCACAGGAUAUUGAAUAUGAGCCAGAAACUAAGCCAUAUUAAAUUAUAUGACUUCUGAAAAAAAAUAAAACAAACUGUUAAUUUGA